AUGAAAUCCAUGAUGAGUGUUAGUGGUGAAGUUAAAAAGAAGCCUCAGUAUAUGGGAGACAGGUAUUAUGAAGAUUCAGUGACGCUUUUAGUUAAAAAGCUCGAGGUUAAACUAGUGAAAAUUCUUACUAUUUUCUGUACCAUUGAUUUCUUGAAUAAUAGCUUUAAUGGUACGAUUCCAGAAGUAAUUGGAAAGCUUCGAGCACUUAAUCACCUCAACCUUUCUCAAAACAGUCUUACAGGACUUAUUCCUGAAGGGAACCAAUUCGAUACAUUCUCAAGUGAUUCGCACGAAGGAAACAAGGGAUUAUGUGGAUUUCCUUUAAAGAAGAAAUGCAGCAACGGUGAGCCUCCCCAGCCAUCCCCAAGAUCAGGUGAUACAAACUCUGAAAAAGAUUUUGGCUGGAAAGUUGUGUUGAUGGGUUAUGGAUGUGGGACGCCGUUUGGAUUGAUUAUUGGAUGUCUUGUGUUUACAACAGGAAAGCCUCAAUGGCUUGUAAACGCAGUUGAAGGGAUUUCCCACAAAACGGUGAGAAGGAUUAAGAACAAACAGAAAAGAAGAAGAAAUUAG